AUUCCCUUUUUGUUCCUCUUUAAUGCCGCACUCUCAAAUCUAUAACCCACCCCUUACCCAAAACACACAUUCCUAAAAAUUUCCGAAAUCAGUUCAUUUCUGUACCAUUUCAAAUUUUUUAUUUUUUAAAUUUAAAAAUUUAUUAAAAAAAAAAAAAAAAACCCAGCUCAUAAACACAACCUUUUUGGCCCUGUCCUAUGGAAGUUGACUGCUAGCUUUUCUCCAUAACUUCACUGUUUAAUUAUUCUCCACUUUAGGGUUUUCUAAUCAUUCCUUUUCCUUUUUUUUCUUCCCCUCUCUCUUUUGAUAGUACUGGGUUCCCUUUUUUUAAUUUUUAAUUUUAAUUUUUUUUAAAAAAAGAAAUAUAUUUUAUGUUUUAUAUUUUAUUUUAUAAUGGAAGAUCAGUACAAGGUUCAUGGUGAUAGGUGUAGGGGAAAUUUCUUGUACAAUUCAGUACCUGUUUUGGCAACCAAUUCUUCAUCUCCUGCGGGCAAUUUCGUAAUUAGAUCAUCCUCUUCUUCAAAUGGGAAUCAGAUGAUCAUGGCCGUAAAUUCAAAUCUCCCCUCCGGUGACUCCAAUUAUUUCCCUCCCUCCGAUCAACUUGUCAAAUUGGAGCCUCCCACUACUGCUGCUUCACAAUCUCAAAUUCAAGUUCAUGAUUUUCAUUACCAUUUAAUGAGAGAGUUCCAAAAUAAUCAUAAUCAUAUUAAUAUUAAUAAUAAUAAUGUUGAUUCAAUUAAAGCCAAAAUUCUUUCUCACUCUCUUUUCUCUAACCUCCUCCAAGCUUUCUUGGAUUGCCAAAACGUUGGAGCUCCGCCAGAGGUGGCAGCGAAACUUAGUUCGGUACGGGAGGAAUUCGAGCGGCGACGAUCUUCAAUGGCGUCCACUGAGAGUUCAUCAAUUGAUCCUGAUCUUGAUCAAUUUAUGGAAGCUUAUUAUGGGAUGUUAGUGAAGUAUAGAGAGGAGCUAACAAGGCCAAUUCAAGAAGCUGUAGAUUUCAUGCACAGAAUUGAAUCUCAGCUUAAUACUCUCUGCAAUGGCUCCUUUCAAAUCUUAGCAUCUGAAGGGAAAUGUGAAGGAAUGGGAUCGUCGUCGUCGGAGGAAGAGAAAGGCGGGGAAGGGGAAAGAGAGAUAGAAGAUCAAAUCGACCCACGAGCGGAAGAACGAGAGCUUAAGAAUCACUUACUCAAAAAAUACAGUGGUUAUCUUAGCAGUUUAAAGCAAGAACUUUCCAAGAAAAAGAAGAAAGGCAAACUCCCAAAAGACGCAAGACAAGAGCUGCUUCGUUGGUGGGAAUUGCACAACAAAUGGCCUUACCCAUCGGAGGCAGAAAAGUUGGCGCUGGCGGAAUCAACUGGGCUUGACCAGAAACAGAUAAAUAAUUGGUUCAUAAACCAAAGGAAAAGGCACUGGAAGCCUUCUGAGGAUGUGCAGUUUAUGGGUAUGGAGGGGUUUUACCAUCCCAAUGCCGCUGCUGCUUUUUACUUUGAUGGCCAUUUCAUGACUGAUUCCCAUAAUUAUCGUUUGGGUCCAUGAGUGGGAAGCUACAGUAAUAUAUAUAUAUAUAUAUAUAUAUAUAUAUAAUGCGCUUCUAAAACACACCUCUUGUUUUAGUUGUUAGCCUAUAUUUGUAUGGAUAUACUUUUUGUUUAGUCCCUAAUUAAUUCCCUAUUGCUUAAAAAUGGAGGGGGGCGGGGUGGAGGAGUAAUAGUUCAUGGUAGAGUAUUUGUAAUUUUAUUGUGCUUAAAGUCAUAAUUUCCUGCCCUCUCAUUUGGUGAAUAUUCCUAAAUGCAAGUCAAAUAAUAGUAUCCAAUUCCUUUCCUCA